AUGAAUAUCAUGAUACACAAAAUCUCUUUUCUACCUCUACAUUUACUAUUACUAUUUAUACUCUGCAUCCAUCUUCUUACCACCGUAUCCGGCGGAAGUUCCACCAACAUAUCCGGCGGAUAUUCCACCACAGGCAUUGACCGGUGGUGCGAUCAAACUCCAUACCCUGAUCCAUGCAAAUGCUACUUCAAAAACCACAACGGAUUUCAACUUCCCACACAACUAUCCCAGUUCCGAGUAAUGCUGGUGGAAGCGGCCAUGGAUCGGGCUAUCUCCGCCCGCAACGAGCUGACUCGGUCCGGCGGGAACUAUACUGAUUGUCAGAAACAAGCCGUUUUGACCGACUGCAUUGGCCUCUACGAAGACACUGUCAUGCAGCUAAACCGGACGCUUCAGGGCUUGCCUCCGAAAGCAGCAGGUGCCGGAAAAAAGUGCACCGACUUUGACGCUCAGACCUGGCUGAGCACCGCCCUUACAAACACAGAGACUUGCCGACGUGGCUCAUCAGAUUUCAACGUCUCCGAUUUCAUCACACCAAUAGUUUCAAACACCAAAAUAUCCCACUUAAUAAGCGACUGCUUAGCCGUCAACGGAGCUCUCUUGACCACCAUAAACAACGGCAACACCAACACAGCUGAUCCUAAUGGGAAUGAGUUUCCGAGGUGGGUUUCCGGUAAAGAGAGAAGACUUCUGCAGUUGCAAUCCGCCCGUGCUGUCAAAGCUAACAUCGUGGUAGCGAAAGACGGAUCGGGACAGUUCUCAACUGUACAAGCGGCAAUUGACGUGGCGGGACGGAGAAAAGUGACGUCAGGGAGGUUCGUGAUAUACAUAAAGAGAGGGAUAUAUCAAGAAAACAUAAACGUACGUCUCAAUAACGAUAACAUAAUGUUGGUCGGAGAUGGAAUGAGAUCCACCAUUAUCACCGGUGGUCGUAGUGUCAAAGGUGGUUACACCACUUUCAAUUCCGCCACUGCCGGUAUCGAAGGACUUCACUUCAUAGCCAAAGGCUUAACAUUCCGAAACACGGCGGGUCCAGCCAAGGGCCAGGCCGUGGCACUCCGGUCAUCCUCGGACCUCUCAAUCUUCUACAAAUGCUCAAUCGAAGGAUACCAAGACACACUACUGGUCCAUUCCCAACGUCAGUUUUACCGUGACUGCUACAUAUACGGAACAGUAGAUUUCAUCUUCGGAAACGCAGCCGUGGUUUUCCAAAACUGUCUCAUCCUCCCUCGCCGGCCACUCAAAGGUCAAGCCAAUGUAAUAACUGCACAAGGUCGUGCUGAUCCAUUUCAGAACACAGGGAUAUCUAUCCAUAACUCAAGAAUCUUACCGGCUCCUGAUCUAAGACCGGUGAUAAGUAGCGUUAAGACGUAUAUGGGCAGGCCAUGGAUGAAGUACUCGCGCACAGUGGUUCUUCAGACGUAUUUGGAUAGUGUUGUGAGUCCGUUCGGGUGGUCGCCGUGGAUUGAAGGUUCGGUUUUCGGUUUAGACACGCUGUUUUAUGCCGAGUAUAAGAAUACCGGACCGGCUUCGUCCACGACGUGGCGUGUCCGUUGGAAAGGGUUUCAUGUGUUGAAUAGAGAUUCCGAUGCAACUGCUUUCACUGUUGGAAGAUUCAUCGCCGGUGCUGCGUGGCUCCCACGCACCGGCAUACCUUUCACUUCCGGACUCUAA